ACGCCGUUGCAGGGAGACAGACACACCCCGGUCCUGAGGGCGUCACUGAAGAGUGGAAACGAGUCAUGCUGGACAUCGUCUGGAAGUGUCUGGCCACGGGAUGUGUCGCAGGACUCGGUGUCCUGCUGGUUCAGUACAUUUGGGACCAGCUGAAGAGGAACUUCAAGAAGGGUCUGCCGCCGGGACCUUACGGCCUCCCCUUCGUCGGUUACCUGCCGUUCAUGCCCAAGCACGGCCAUCGCGGAGUGGAAGCCCUCAAGGAUAAAUACGGGACCGUGUUCGGGGUCACGUUGGGCAGCCGAUACGUGGUGUUCCUGUGCGACUUCUGCUCCAUCAAGGAAGCCCUGAGCCAGGACAGUCUGCUCAACAGGCCGGACGAGUUUCCUUUCAAGGUUCACAAAGAAUUCCAGGGUUUGAUGAUCUUGAACGGACCAGUGUGGAAGGAGCAACGAAGGUUCUCGCUCCGACUCUUCAAGAACUUGGGUAUCGCAACCCAGGCCAUGGAAAGGCAUAUUCACGACGAAGUGGGCCAUCUGCUCCAGGAGUUCCGCGACAAGAAGAGCAAGCCCGUGCUCCCGAUGACUCUGCUGACGCCCAGCACUUCUAACAUUAUCUCGGCCCUGGUGUUCGGCCGGAGGUUCGAGUACUCAGACCCUGAGCGGAUCUACCUAGACAAACUGAUUGAGAUAAUCCCGGCUCUGGCCGCCCAGACCUCCUUCAUCAACUUCUUUCCCUGGCUGCGCAACUUGAUGGUCUUCUUCAAACUCGGCGCCUGCGAGAUGCUCCGAGACGCCCUGGUCCGCAGAGAGGAUUUCGUUGAGUCAAAGAUUGACUUCCACGACGAAACGUACCAGGAUGGCGUAGUACGGGACUACAUCGAUGGAUUCAUCUACGAAAUGAAGAAGCAGGAAGGCGACCAGAAAGCAUUCACAAGGAACGUCUUGAAAGGCAACGUGGCGUCGUUCUUCGGCGCCGGCAGCGAGACGGUGCGAGCCGCCCUCGACUGGCUGCUGCUCAUGAGCGCCGUGUACCCGGAACGCCAGAAGAAGAUCCAAGCGGAGAUCGACGAAGUGGUCGGAGGAACCGACCGACAGGUGGCCUGGAGCGACCGCAACAAGAUGCCCUACACGCAGGCCUUCACGUGGGAGGUGAUGCGCUGCAAGCCCGUCAACCCGCUCAACCUGAUGCGCUAUGCAAGCAAGGACGUUGUCGUGGGCGGUUUCGUGAUUCCUGAGGGCAGCGUCGUGAUCGCAUCCUUCUGGUCCGUGUUCUACGACGCCAAGUUCUGGGGUGACCCGGAGUGCUUCCGGCCGGAGCGGUUCCUCGUGGACGGUGGCACCCGGGCAGUGAAGCCGGACUGCUUCAUCCCGUUCUCGUACGGCAAGCGGUCUUGUCCGGGAGAUGUGAUCGCCAACGUGGAGGUCUUCAUCUACUUCACCACGCUCCUGCAGCACUUCAACGUCGAGCCACCGCCAAACGGUCCCAGACUUGUGGUCGACGAAGUCUUGGGGCUAACCCUGAGGCCCAAGCCUCAGGAGCUCGUUUUUUGCCCGCGAUGACGCAACACUAUGGGCGUCUACAGAACCUUUGUAAAGAGAAGAAGGGGGUUGGGGGUGGGGGAGUACGGGCUUUUCAUUGUUUUAGUGGGAUCGGAGCCCUGUGGUCGUGUUUA